CCGCAUGUGAAAGUCAUGCUACAUUCGGUCGGAAUCACUAUUUAUUGUUUUUAAGACAUUAUUUAGAAGGAACCAGUAGCGAUCAGACCAGUGUAUGAACCUGAGGUUUUUAUAGACGCGCUGUAAAAUAUAGGGUUAUGGAUCCCGACGGACAACUGCGGAAUCUUCGCGACUUCCUCUUAGUUUACAAUCGAAUGACGGAAAUUUGCUUCCAGCGAUGCACGAACAAUUUCAACUACAGAAAUCUGACGAUGGAUGAAGAGCAUUGUGUUGACAACUGUGCUGGUAAACUAAUCCGUUCCAACCAUCGCCUCAUGGGCACAUAUGUAAAGCUAAUGCCAGCCAUGGUCCAACGGCGAAUGGAAGAGUUGGAGACCAAAGCUGCAGAAGCAGCAAAGGCUGCUGAAACGGUAGCUCCAGUAGAGUCUCCCGCUGGAGCUUUAAAUUCAUCAGAUGUCCCAUCCACACUCAUAACAUCUAAUCUUGCUACACCUCCCCCAGCUGGGCUGACACUCACAUCUGCAGCAGAACAGGCAGGGACAGUAUCACCAUCACUGUCCAGAAAUGAGGUUGCUACAGAAAGAGCACACAUGCCUCCAGCUGAGCCACCUACAGUAGUCCCAUCCAAGCAAGCAUCCUUAGACGUGACUGGUUCACUUAAGGGACUGAAGGUCUCUCCCCCUCCUGCAAAUCCCAGCGUAUCCGCACAAGAGUUCAUCUCAAGUGCACCGGCAGACGUCUUCUUACGAAACACAGAAGAAAACCGUGCUGGUGUAGUGAACAGCAACGAAUCAACACCAGCUUAUCAAUCCACAGGGGGAGAAGGACCACAAUCUUAAUGUUGAUUUAUUAAUAGACAGCAACAUGUUUCAUUGCUUAGAGCUGUUAUCUGGAAGUAUGUACUGAGUAAAUGAGUAUGAAAACUACUGGAGGGUGAAAAAGUGUGACUUUUAUUAAUAUAUUCACUAAUAAUAUUAUUCAUGCCUGGAGUGACCUGGAUAUUUCAGGUUCCUAAUAAUAGCGCACACACAGUGGAGAGAAUAAAAUGUGACAUUUUCAUUUGC